GCCAAGCCAAAGGAUUUCCCUUCCUCUUUGAGUUGAGCCUUUUAAACUUCACCCCACAAUACAAAGACCAACUCAUUUUCUGAGGGUCACUCAUAUCUCUCGCUCUCUCCAACUGAUAAGGAGCAAAGAGAACUCUUCUUCCAUGUGGGCUUCUUGGAUCCACUCAAUUCUAAUUCCAACUUGUGCUCCAUGCUAAAACAGAAGCUUCCCACCCAGUGGCCUCAUUUGAUUCUUUUACAGAGUUUCCUACAAUUCCCACAAAUGUCUUAAUGACUAUUUUCUUGCUGGUGCUUGGUUUUAUGAGAAAUUGAGCUGAUUUUCUCUUCUGGGUUUUUGGUUUUAGUUUUAGUUUUGGUCAUUUUGGUUUCUGGGUAUUGCUUAGAAUGGUGUCAAUGACAUGCCAUAGUCUUGAGGGUAGAGCUAUGUUGGAUUUGGUGGCUUGUGGGUGUUCUUCCAAUGCUUUGUUGGACCGUUCAUCAGUGAGGAAUUACACGAAGGCAAGUUCUAAGGGCAUUUGUAGAGGUAAUGGAGCUCGGCAAUUGGUUUGUGCUAGGCGGGACCGAAUUCGGUGUGGAGUGUCUUCAAUGAAAACAGCUGAGACUCCAGUACCAAAGAAAACAGCUGAGACUCUGCUAAAUAGUGUUUCUGGUGUUUCUCAAGGUUUUCCACAAGUUUUGGAUAUAAACAAAGAGUCAAGAAGGCCUGUUUCGUUGACAAAUUUGUUUGAAGUGGUUGCUGAUGACCUCCUGACAUUAAAUCAAAAUCUUCAGUCAAUUGUUGGCGCAGAAAACCCUGUCUUAAUGUCCGCAGCCGAGCAGAUCUUUGGUGCUGGUGGGAAGAGGAUGAGACCAGCAUUGGUGUUUCUAGUGUCCAGAGCAACAUCAGAAAUAGUUGGGUUGAAGGAACUUACCAUGGAGCAUCGUCGAUUGGCAGAGAUCAUUGAGAUGAUCCAUACUGCAAGCUUGAUACAUGAUGAUGUAUUGGAUGAAAGUGACAUGCGGCGAGGGAAGGAAACUGUUCAUCAAAUGUUUGGUACAAGAGUGGCGGUGCUGGCUGGGGACUUCAUGUUUGCACAGUCAUCAUGGUAUCUUGCAAAUCUAGAAAACCUUCAGGUCAUUAAGCUCAUCAGUCAGGUUAUCAAAGAUUUUGCAAGUGGUGAAAUAAAGCAGGCAUCCAGCUUGUUUGAUUGUGAUGUCGAACUGGAGGAGUACUUGAUUAAGAGCUACUACAAAACAGCCUCUUUGAUUGCUGCCAGUACCAAAGGAGCUGCCAUUUUUAGUGGCGUUGAUAGCUAUAUAGCAGAGAAAAUGUAUGACUAUGGUAAGAAUCUUGGUCUGUCCUUCCAAGUUGUUGAUGACAUAUUGGAUUUCACACAGUCCGCAGAGCAGCUCGGGAAGCCUGCUGGAACUGACCUCGCCAAAGGAAACCUGACAGCCCCGGUAAUUUUUGCUCUAGAGAAAGAGCCAAAACUAAGAGAUAUAAUUGAAUCAGAAUUCAGUGAUACUGGUUCCCUUGACGAAGCCAUUAGAUUGGUUAAGGCGUGUGGCGGCAUUGAACAAGCACAAGUGUUAGCAAAAGAGAAAGCUCAUCUUGCAAUCCAAAAUCUCGAAUGUCUUCCUAAGACUGCAUUUCGAUUAGCUCUGGAGGAUAUGGUAAUGUUUAAUCUUCAAAGGAUUGAUUAGUGGGCUAAUUUUUAGGAAGGCCUUUAUAGACAAGAACUCCUUUAGGCAGAAGGAAAAAAAAAGGCUAAAAAGUGAAGCUUCUACACUACAAGCAUCUUCUGCACAUCUUCAAAGCGCUUCUGCCAAUGCCAAGCUGAUAGCCACUGCUUGCCAAUUGGGUAAAUGUGUUAAUAUGCUAUAUCUUAAGCUCAUUAUACUGUUGAUUUAGUUAUACAUUCUUCACAAAUUGGCACAAAAUGAAAAUAAUACUACACCAUUGUUGUACAAUAAAAUUCUGGGGUCAUCAAUAAUUUUGACCAAUAUAUUUUCUCUUAUUGCUAUCU